GAAAAGCACUCGCUGCUGGGUGGACGUGGAUUUUAGUUCGUUCGUCUCUUGUUGUGUACCGGAAGAGGGAGUUUCACUGUGAAGAUUUUUGUGUAAUUGUGUGCAGCAACAGCAGUGCACCUUGGAAGAGGAGCUCUGAAUUCUCAUUCACCCACCCUCUGAGUUGAUUUAAAUUUUUUUUUCGGGAAAAUUUCUGUGUUUGUCUGACUCGGUCGAAGGGACCAGCCGAUUCCUGUUUAUCUGUGGUUCUCAGGAAUCAGAAGUGUUUCGUGAAACUAAGUUUUAUUUUUUUAUGUGAAAUCCAUAUUGAAGAUAGCGAAGGAAAUCGAAUCAAUUCUUCGAGGAUAAACGAAGCUACCACAACGGAUCGGAAAAAGGUUGCGGUAAAAGCUGAGCAAAAAUUUAGUAAAUCGUCUGUGGUUCCUAUCCUGGCGCGUACACAUACACACACCCUUAAAUAUUUAUAUCGUUAUCAGUCUAUUAGUUUCGUGUGUGCAUAGUUCGCCACAAGCACAACCACCACAUCCCGGAGUGAGAACGAGCGAAAGUGUGCCCCUGCUGGGUUUGUGGGCGAUAGCUAAAUAAUUGAUUGAAAGUGAUUGGUCCCCAGUUGGGCAUAAGGAGGAGAAAGUAAAAAAAAAAAGUUGUGUGUAAUAUUUCCGAGCGUAGAAUUUGACCACCGGCAGCAGUAUCACACACAGUGCGUAGCGGUCGUAGCUUUGGAAAACAAGCGGGCGGAAGUGGCGAAGAAAAGCAGUAUACAUAAAUAUUGAUACAAACGUGCGGUAUUUGGAAUUUGAACGGUCAUGCUGUAAGGAUAUGGGACUGCGGGACGUUUCAGGACUUCUGUUUGUGUAUUGAUGUUGACGUAAUCAACGUGUCGUCUCGAAAGAAGAAGAAGAAACAACGCUAGACGGCUCCCGCGGGAAGAUGCCGUCAGGGAAUGUCCACCGGACAGCGAGGAUAACAAGGAUCACCACCGACAUCUCCGCCGUUGAGUGCACAGGCUCCGCCAGGCUAGAAGCCACGACACACCGGCAACGAAGAUGGUCCUGCUGCCGAGACGAACAGUGGCGGAAACGAUUACCCACGGCACUGAGAACGGCGGGCGUGGGGACCAUCUUGCUAUUGUUGAUGGUGCUACAGCUCCUAGCCCCGGUCGCCGGUCAGUCCAACCCGCCGCAAACGUGUCCUCAAGCGGGCGAAAUCAGCCCCUGCCAGUGCCAGGUGAAGAAGAAUGGGCUGGACAUCCUGUGCGAGGCGACCGACGUGCAACACAUCACCAGAGCAAUGAGCGCUUUGAAGGGGAAGAAUCCCAUUAUCUUCUAUCUGAAGCUGAGGCAUAACAAUUUGCCGAAACUGCAGGGCUUUGUGUUCCUCUCGCUCGAUAUUCGGCAUCUUACGAUUCACAACAGCAGCUUGGCUGCCAUAGAGGAGACAUCGCUAAGCUCGUUGGGUCGUGGUUUAACGCAGUUGGACGUCUCCCAGAACCAACUGUUAACGGUGCCCUCGAGUGCGCUGAAGAACCUGCACCACUUGCUGAUACUCAACCUGAAUCACAAUCGGAUUUCGGUUAUUCACAACCGGGCGUUCGAGGGCUUGGACACGUUGGAGAUUUUGACCAUUUACGAGAACAAGCUGACCUCCAUCGAGCCGGAUGCAUUCCGGGGGCUGGACAAAAAGCUGAAACGGCUUAACCUCGGUGGCAACGACCUAACAUCAGUCCCGCAGAAAGCCCUCUCCAAACUGGAUAUGUUGCGAAAAUUGGAGCUACAAGAGAAUCGUCUGAAAACGAUCAAGGAGGGCGACUUUGAAGGUCUUUCGAAUCUGGAUGCCCUCAUCCUGGCCCACAAUCAGCUCACCGAGGUACCGGCACGCGUUUUCAGUCAUCUGGGUCUGCUCAACUCGCUGGAACUGGAGGGUAACUCCAUCUCCUACAUCGAUAAGGACGCCUUCGAGGGACUGGAAGAAAAUCUCCAGUACCUUCGUCUCGGCGAUAACAAUCUACAUCGCAUUCCGAGUGAAGCACUCCGACCGUUGCAUCGUUUGCGGCAUUUGGAUCUGCGCUCCAACAAUAUUUCCUCUAUUAACGAGGAUGCUUUUAUCGGUUUCGGUGAUUCGAUUACGUUCCUGAAUUUGCAGAAAAACGACAUCAAAGUUCUACCGGCGUUGGUUUUCGAGAAUCUUAACUCGCUGGAGACGCUGAGCAUCCAAAACAACAAACUAACUCGCAUACCGGAAGAAGUGAUGGAACCAAUCAUGGACUCGCUGCGUGUGGUCGAUAUUAUGGACAAUCCGCUGAUCUGUUCGUGCGAGCUGUCCUGGUUUCCGAACCUGCUGAGAGACUUAAAGAACCGCGACGACGAGAUGACCCAGAAGAAGCGCCCCAUGUGCACGAUGGCCAACGAGCACCGGGAGUACUACGUGCAGAAUAUGCCCCUGGAGCGGAUGAACUGUGUCGGCAAAAAGUACCAAACGUCAUCGCUGAGCGGUAGCGGGGCUACCGGGCUGGUGGUAGCCCCGGUGGCAACCACCUUCGUUGUAGGACUGGUGAGGGUGGCCUGCCGAGAUUAUCGCCACUACUAGAUAGCGGUAGCACAGUGCCGGGCGCCACCUACCGCAUAGAAGCAGAGAAGGUAAGUGGCAACCGGUGAUUCAACUGACGGAUGGGACGGUGCCGGGAUGAAAUACGAGAAGAAAAUACUACCGUGCGGGCACAGCGAAGCGGAAAAUACAAAUGUUGCUUUAUUUUUCCGAGUGAGCUUUUGUUCGUUAUUUUGUGUUGGCGCUUUCGUUUCUGGGAGUUUGGAGACUGCAGUGUGGAAGAAUGAGAGUGUGGGGGUCCCCUCGGGGAAGCAAGUGGUUCCAGGAAAGUUGCCGAUAUUGUUCAGGUGAACCAGCUGACCCCCGCAUCAGGAGUGCAAGAGCGCAGCGUUAAGCAUAAAUACUAGAAUUAAAUCAAACAGGAGGAUAUAGCAUUAUGAAAGUUUUAAACAUAAGCAAAAAAAUAAAUCAGGAACAAGUCUCACGUGCGACUGAGAAAUCCGGAUGAUGAGGUAGCCGAGCUACCGCAGCGAAGGCUAGACAUAUAAAUCAACACUACCCAAGAGGCAAGAUGAAGCAUCACAUUACCGAAAAGUCUUUCAAUGGAGUAAUAUGCGCUGAAAAAAAUGUGUUUUUCAGUUUUCUCGCGCGUUUGGAUUUCGUUUCGAGGUGAAUGGGACGGGAGAGUGGGGGUCAAUUUAUGGGUGACGGUGUUUGGGGAGAGAAAUUAGACUGUCGUCUGGCGCGUAAUGAAUUUUUAUGGUAUUAAAAGGGAGCGAGAGUACAUUUUCAAAGAAGAAGCAUUAAUAUUGCUUGUUUUCUAUUAAUGGUGGAAGUUGCUUCAGAGAAGGCUGUAUUUUUUGUUGACAUUUAACACAUGUUGAUAUAAUCAUGAGAGAUAUUGUUUGCAAAACAGUAAAUUAGUUUGUUGGGCAUUGGAGCAAAAAACUUGGGCUGGCUCAGUAAUUUCUACUCAGGUCCCAUUAAAGUCGCUGUGGACAUUGCUUAUUUUACUAACCAGUACACUUAGUAAAUUGCUAUUAUUUUUUUAUGAUCCCCUUAGGCUAGGCUUUUUUUUUCGAGAGAUAAAUAUUUGAACAUUUUCUCAGAUUUUCUGAUGGCAUUUACAGUAUGAUGAAAAUUCGUGUUUUCUCUACAUCUCUCUCCAGGUUUUAAAUCUCGUAUAUAUUUUUUGCUGUUCAAGGGUUUCCGUGAUAUUUUGGAACAAGAGCAUGAUGCCUGGGCGGUAAUUCGGCAGAAAUGAUACACCCUCGGUUGGGAUUUUCACUCUCGAUAUGAUGGGCUUUGUGACAUUUAACAUGUUUCAUUUAUGUGCGUCAUCAGACGCAAAAAAAUCUGAUUCUAGAUUAGCGUUUUUACUCCAUCCAUCCGGUAUUGAUGGCCCUUUCUAUAUCGUUUCUGUUUCUGUUAUAAUAAUGUUGGAAUACGUAUUUCCUGCUAUGGGUUCCAUUUCCCUUCAAUUCAAACAAAUCGACAAAUUGAAAUAAAUCUAGAAAACUGGGCAAAAAAGAUAUGGCAAUUUUUCAAACUAAAUGAAAAAAAAGAAGUAAAUUUAAAAUUUGGGUAAAUAAAACAAACUGUGAAACAUGGUAAAUUGGGAAAAUUGACUUCCAUUUUGGAGUUACCGAAAUCCGGAAAUCGCUGGUUACUUGUGACAAACAUACAAAAUUCAAACUUCUGACGAAAACAGAACCUAAGUUUUGUAAAAGUAAUCACAAAUGUUGUAUCUUAUUUCGACCUGCAGAGAAAGAUAAACCGGAAUCCUUAAAUUGUUUGCAACCAUUUUUGCACAACGGUGCUCGGAAGGUGGUAGCAGCUUUCGAUUCCGUCGUGGAAGCCUCCAAAGAGCAAAUCUGAUGAAUGCCUUCUGUACACGCUCGAUGCGGUCAAUUUGCACGCUGUGAUACGGAUGCCAAACGGAUGCGUUCCGUGUAAAAAAAGUUUUCAGUUCAAAAUUUGAAAAUCCGUAUACCAAAGGUUUAAUGAUUUCUCGCCAAAUCAUGCAAAAUGGAGCAACUUUGCAAAAAAACAAUUUUUACCCGGUCGUGUACAAAAAAUAAUCCAUGUAAAACAGAAUCGGGUAUACUACGAACCAAAGCAACGUACAGCCAGCGUCUUGAAGCAGUUAACCGUUCAGCACGCUCUUACAGGUUCGCUUGUGCUGUGUACCGCAGGCGAUGUUUUUUUGAUAGUGUUGUACAAAAUACAACAGCGCGCGUACUCGAGUGUUAAUAUUUUUGAAGUCUCAAGUGAUGCGUUUGACCAUACCCCGUGUGUGGAAUAAGCUUCAACAGUCACCGAUGAAAUAUACUCAGAGAAGCUUAUUUUGGUGUUCGAAAUAACGUCCCAGGUCUUUGACUAAAGAGACACACGUACCAGAACACGGGAUUGCACCAAAUAGUCGAAAGUAACUGAAGAACGAAGACGAAUGAAGGUUAUGAUGUUGCACUGCUGUAUAUUAACUUCCAUUCCAUUUCUAUCGCCCCAGUCCAAAAUUGUUUUCACGUCCGCUUGCAAUCCACCAGUUAUGAUAUGACGC